AUGUUGACCCACGACAGAGACGAAGAACUCUCUCUAUUCCUUGAAAUGCGUCGUCGCGAGAAAGAACAUAGAGGAGAUUCUCUUUUAUCAGGAUCGGAUAAUAUGAGUAUCAACGCAGCGUUGACGACUGCAGCGGCGGCGGCGCUCUCUGGUGUCUCCGAAACGGUGUCGUCUCAACGUUAUCCUCUCCGGAGAACCGCCGCCGAGAACUUUCUCUACUCGGAGAAUGAGAAAUCCGAUUACGAUUGGCUGCUAACGCCGCCUGGCACGCCGCAGUUCGAGAAAGAGUCACAUAGAAGCGUAACGAAUCAACUCGAUGCUCCCAAUUCUCGCCCCACGGUUCUUAAAUCUCGGCUAGGAAACUGCCGUGAAGAGAUGGUCUCAGGGAACAAUAACAAGCUACAAACGCCGUCGUUUGGGGGCAGCUCUUCCUCUGUAUCUACACUCAGAAGACCGUCUUCUUCAGGUAGUUCAAGGUCAACGAGCAGACCUUCCACGCCAACCAGAAGGUCUCCAACUCCAACCCCAACCCCAACCACCUCGACAACAAGGCCUGUGACCACCACCAGAGCUUCAACCUCUAGAUCCUCAACACCCACCUCACGUGCCACCUUAACUGCCGCACGUGCUACUUCCACUACUACCUCCACGGCUGGUCCACGCACCACCACCGGUUCAGCGAGAUCAGCUACUCCAACUCGGUCCGUGACUCGUCCGUCUUCUGCACCUUCUAAGAAGCCUUUAUCAAGACCAGCCACACCAACCCGCAGGCCUUCAACCCCAACCGGUCCAUCAACAGUUUCGAGUAAAGCUCCGUCUCGAGGGACUUCUCCAACUCCAACAGUGAAGUCAUCAAGGCCGUGGAAAGCCCCGGAGAUGCCUGGUUUCUCUUUAGAAGCCCCGCCGAAUCUAAGAACAACGCUAUCAGACAGACCUAUCGCAGCUUCAAGAGGAAGACCCGGAGUAGCCUCAGCACCAGGUUCAAGAUCAGGCUCCAUAGAACGUGGCAGCGUCCCAAACAGCCACGCAAGAAGGCAAUCUUGCUCCCCGUCUAGAGGCCGAGCUCCUAUCGGGAACACCAGCGGGAGCCUCCCUGGUACACGUGGGAGAGGAAAGGCAAACAACGUCAGCGAUAACUUGAGCCCAGUGGCGAUGGGGAACAAAAUGGUGGAGAGAGUUGUGAACAUGAGGAAGCUAGGUCCACCGCGGCUAACAGAGAGCAGCGGUAGAGGAACAGGGAAAGCUAACUCGGCUUUUAACAGUCUUGGCUAUGGGAGAAACCUCUCCAAGAGCUCAAUCGAUAUGGCCUUGAGACAUAUGGAUAUAAGGAGAGGCAUGACAGGAAAUCUGAGGCCGCUAGUGACGAAAGUUCCGGCAUCGGCAAUGUACAGCGUGAGAAGCCGGCCGGGGAGUGUGACGAACUCUCCGGUGGCGACGAGCAGCACGGUUAGCUCAUCGGAACCGAGUGUGGACAACAUUAAUAUUCUGUGCUUAGAUGGGAACGAAGCAGAAAACGAUGAUCUUCUCAGCGAGAGAAGCUUUUCUUCUCCACGAAACCAGUUCCCCAAGUUCACUUCUUGA